AUGAUUCUAUCCGUCCACGAACCGCACCACACAACCCACAGUUCGCCUCUCCCAAUCAAACCCGAACCAUACGAAACACACCAAUCCCCAAGGCCAUGCGCUCACCUACCUAAGACGCCCUUGCGCGCCUUACCUAGGAUCUUAUUACGUAUAUUUAAAGCCCGCCCCGGUUCUCGCCCGCCCGCCAUGGCUCUCCGUGUGGUGACCCGCUUCGUCUCCUCCAAGCUCGCGGCCCCUACUCUCCUCCGCCCGCUUCCGCUUUCUACCGCAAGAUCUCUUCCUCACGGCCCCUCUAGACUCCUCAGCACUUCAAUCGCUAGAAUGUCUCCUUCAAAUGUCGCGCCCUUCUAUGAGGGCGAGCCCGAAGGCCCCAUCGUCAAGACCAGCGUGCCAGGCCCCGUUUCGAAGAAAGAGAUCGAUGAGCUACAUGAGGUCUUUGAUACCCGUGCCUUGACCUUGUUGACGGAUUAUGACAAGUGUUUUGGCAAUUACAUUGCAGAUCCCGAUGGCAACGUAUUUUUGGACGUAUAUGCUCAAAUUGCAUCUAUCCCCAUUGGCUACAACAACCCGGCUCUUAUAAAGGCUGCGCAGUCUCCCGAGAUGAUCAACGGAUUGGUUAAUCGUCCUGCCUUGGGCACCUUUCCUCCACACGACUGGGCAAAUGUGCUGAAGAGCGGCAUCCUCAAGGUUGCCCCCAAGGGACUCGACCAGGUAUUCACCGCGAUGGCCGGUUCAGACGCCAACGAGACGGCAUACAAGGCCGCGUUCAUGUGGCGUCGCGCGCACGACCGAGGUGGCCACCAGGUCGAAUUCACGGAGGAAGAACUGAGCAGUGCCAUGAACAACCAGAGCCCCGGAGCCUCCAAUCUUUCAAUCCUCUCCUUCAAAACCGCCUUCCACGGCCGCCUGUUUGGCACGCUAUCAACAACACGCUCUAAACCCAUUCACAAGAUUGACAUCCCCGCCUUCGACUGGCCUCAAGCCACCUUCCCCCAGCUCAAGUACCCCCUUGAGAAGCAUGUCGAGGAGAACCGCGCCGCUGAGCAAGCGUCCAUUGACGAGCUCCGCGCUGUUACUCGCAAGCACAACGUCCUCCUCAUUGUUGACGAGGUGCAGACUGGCGUCGGCGCCACUGGGAAAUUCUGGGCUCACGAGCACUGGAAUCUCGAAGAUCCUCCGGAUAUGGUCACCUUCUCCAAGAAAGCUCAGACUGCGGGUUACUACUUUGGCAACCCAGAGCUGCGCCCUAAUAAGCCCUAUCGCCAGUUCAACACCUGGAUGGGCGACCCUGCCCGAGCCCUCAUCUUCCGCGCCAUCAUUGGCGAGAUCGAGCGCCUUGACCUCGUAGCCAACACCGCCCGCGUCGGUUCCUACCUCUUUGGACAGGGAACCUUUAUUGCCUUUGACAACCCCCGCCGCGAUGAGUUCCUCGGCCGCGCCCGCAAGUUUGGCGUCAAUAUCGGCGGCUCCGGUCAGAGCGCCGUCCGCUUAAGGCCGAUGCUCAUCUUCCAGGAGAAGCAUGCUGACUUGCUGGUAGACGCGCUGGAAAAGGUGGUGCUUUCGUUCAAGGAAUAA